AGCGAUUCAGAGAGAGAAGGGAGAGAGGAGUGUGUCAGCUUUCUCAAAAUUCCCUCUCUUUCAAUGACUUUUUCGUUUUCUUCUAUACAAUUUUUUUUUUUUAAUGAAUAUUUUCUCAGCAACCAAACAGCAUAUCAGCCAAAAAAAAGAAUCCCUGGAAUUUAUCCUUGGCAGCGAUUUUCCUGUCCAGCUUGAAAAUUCGAGAAAAUUUUUGCUCACCUAUACACAUCCUUCGUCACAUCCUUUUCUGCGAUUCCGUGCGUCUCUCCUCUCCUCAUCCUUCUUCUGGGUCUGGUCCUUUCACCUUCCUUCCUCUUCCCCCAAAAAACGCUGCCACCUGAACACGUUAGCAUCCUCGGCGCAUGUUUGUAUAUUUUGUCCCCAUUUUACAGUAGGGGCAUUUUGGGAAACUUUGCCAGGUGCCUUUCUGUGACCUGUCGGAGAGGUUGCCCACAUAAAAGGAUCAUGAAAUAUAUAAAAUUCAUGUUAAAAAAAAAAAUAGAAUAAUAAUCCUAAAAAGUAAAGCAGCAAAUAAAAUAAAAAAAUACCCCCUCCUCAAAAAAUAAAAAAAUAAAAAAAAUAAAAAAACCAAACGGUUCCAUUUUUACUCUUUACAAGCUCGCUACUUUCAUUGGUUCAAUAUUAUUCCCAAUUUCUUAUAAAUAUUUUCAAAUUUUCUUUUUAAGCUACACAGGUCACAGAGUAGCAGUAGAAAGACAUUAUACACAUACAAAAGAGAGUGAGCAAAAGCCUAAAGAAGCUUCUACUUCUUCUUCUUCAUUAUUAUCAUCAUCAUCAUCAUCAUCAAUCAUAACCACUCCCCACCCUUCUUUUGCACUGUAUUUCUCUGCUGAAUCCAUAAGCUAAAACAAAGUUUUUUUUUUUAAAUUCUUUCGUACCCAUCCCGGUGCUUUUGGAUACCAAAUACCAAACCUUUUCUGUUGGUGGUUCUUUUUAUUUUUCAUGUCUAUGCCCUUAGAGCAUGAUUACAUAGGCUUCUCAGAGUCUGUUCCUUCCAUGGAAAUCUCUGGAAGGUCAUCCGAAAGGAGCAGCACUGGUUCUCGUUUGAACCUUAAGGCUACAGAACUGAGACUUGGCUUGCCUGGUUCCGAAUCCCCUGAAAGAGAUGAAGAUGAUUGUGGAGUGGAGGAUAAGAAUGGGUUCCAACUAGGCGUGCUCAAGUGCUUGGUUUCUGGGGCAAAAAGGGGCUUCUCUGACGCCAUUGACGGUGCUGCUGGAAAGUGGGUUUAUUCUGGAAGUGGUGGAUCUGAGACUGAGUUGGGUAAAAGUGGUAACUUGUUCUCUCCCAGAGCUAUUAAUGCUGGUAAGACUCUUGCUGGGUCAGAGUGUAACAAUCAGCCAAAGGGUGUGGCUGUCGCAACUGUGGAAGAUGGGAUUCCACAGUCUCCUAAACCAUUGCAUGAGAAAAAGCCCCAGGUUUCUGCUCCCGCUGCAAAGGCACAGGUUGUGGGAUGGCCUCCAAUCCGCUCUUUCCGAAAGAAUUCAAUGGCUUCUCAUCCUCCAAAGACUGAUGAUGAUGCAGAGAAGAUGGGAUCUGGGUGUCUUUAUAUAAAGGUCAGCAUGGAUGGUGCACCAUACCUGAGGAAAGUUGAUCUCAAAACCUGUGGCAGCUAUAUGGAUCUAUCUUCAGCGCUGGAAAAGAUGUUCGGCUGCUUUACAAUUGGUCAAUGUGGCUCACCUGGCGCUCCAAGCCGAGAUGGAUUAAGUGAGAGUCGAUUAAUGGACCUCCUACACGGUUCUGAAUAUGUACUCACCUAUGAAGACAAGGAUUGUGAUUGGAUGUUAGUUGGUGAUGUUCCUUGGGAGAUGUUCACCGAAACUUGUAGGAGGCUGAGGAUAAUGAAGAGUUCAGAGGCCAUUGGUCUAGCCCCCAGGGCCAUGGAGAAGUGCAAAAGCCGAAACUAGUACAACAGACGGAUCAAAUCUGCUGAAAGACCAGAAAGGAUCUCCAAAUCAGCUCCUGUUUCUAAUUCAUGUAUGCUUCCAGAUAUUGAAUAGUUUUGUGUAACCAAAAAAAAAAAAAAAAAAAAUUUCUAGUACGCAAGGUAUGGAACUUUAGACUUUCCCAAGAUGUUUAAAAAUAUAACUCCUCUUCUCCAUCCCCUCUCUCAUGUAGUAUUUCAGAAUGCUAGAUGCUUAAUAUCACAUAUUUAUGUAUGUAAAUGGUCUGUUUGCUAUAGCUUUUUCCCAUUUGUAAAAUGAAAUGAGCUAUGAUGUUGGAA